ACAGUAGCUCUGUCAUUUCCAAAAUCUAUCUGUCAAUUUUGUCAUCAGUCCGGAUGCAAAUCGUGACUUUCAAUUUCUCGCAAGUUUAUGUGAAUUUGAAUUUAUCUUCUGCAGUAAAGUGUUGCGUGGCAAUACACCAUAAUGCCUAAGGUUUCAGUUAAGGUAAAAUGGGGCAAGGAGAUGUACCCAGGAGUGGAGGUGAAUACGGAUGAUGAUCCCGUGGUGUUCAAGGCACAAAUCUUCGCCCUGACCGGGGUGCAGCCGGAGAGGCAGAAGGUGGUCUGCAAGGGAGUCACACUGAGGGACGACUCAUGGGCCAACUUCAAGUUGACUAAUAAUGCAUUGGUGCUGGUGAUGGGCAGCAAGGAGGAAGAUGUGCCUGCUGCCCCAGUGGAGCAGACACGCUUUGUUGAAGACAUGAACGAGUCAGAACUGGCCACAGCUGUGAUUGGACUUGCCGAGGGUCUGAUCAACUUGGGCAACACUUGCUACAUGAACGCGACAGUGCAGUGCCUCAAAACAGUACCUGAACUUAAGAAUGCCUUACUUAGUUAUGAUAAAUCUAGUGGCGGCGGCACGGCGGGCGAGCUGACGGCGGCGCUGAGCGACACGCUGGCGGCGCUGGAGGGCGGCGGCGCGGGCGCGUGCGCGGGCGCGGCCGCCAAGCUGCUGCGCGCGCUGCACGCCACGGCGCCGCGCUUCGCCGAGCGCGGGCCCGCCGGCGGCCUGGCGCAGCAGGACGCCUCCGAGUGCUGGGCCGAGAUCAUCCGCGCGCUGCAGGCCAGGUUGCCUGCCGCGCCUAACCAGCCUUCUAACAGGUCGACAGUGAUCGAGCAGUACUUCGGCGGCACCCUGGACGUGGAGCUGGUGUGCGCGGAGGCGGAGGAGGCGCCGUCGCGCACCACCGAGACCUUCCUGCAGCUCUCCUGCUUCAUCUCGCAGGACGUCAAGUAUCUGCAGUCCGGGCUCAGAUCUAAAAUGUCAGAGCAAAUCACAAAAAUGUCACAAACCCUCGGCAGAGACGCGAUCUACACCAAAACCAGCAAAAUCAGCCGUCUCCCUGCAUACCUGACGGUGCAGUUCGUGCGCUUCUACUACAAGGAGAAGGAGUCCAUCAACGCCAAGAUCCUGAAGGACGUGAAGUUCCCGCUCGAGCUCGACGUCUACGAGCUGUGCUCGCCCGAGCUGCAGGAGAGGCUCAUGCCCAUGAGGAAUAAGUUUAAGGAAUACGAGGACGCGACAGUGGAGACAUCGUUAAGUUCUAAGAACCACGGUGACAGUACAAAGGACGUUAAGAAGAAGGACCCAACGAGAUCCAUCCCUUACUGGUUCCCUAAUGACGUAGGCAGCAACAACAGCGGCUACUACCGCCUGCAGGCGGUGCUGACUCACCGCGGGCGCUCGUCGUCGUCGGGGCACUACGUGGCGUGGGUGUCGCGCGGCGACGCGUGGCUGCGCUGCGACGACGACGCCGUCACGCCCGUCACCGAGGAUGAGGUGCUCAAGCUUAGCGGCGGAGGUGACUGGCACUGCGCAUACCUGCUGCUGUACGGGCCCAAAAUCCUGGAAGUUCCCGAAGUGGACGACAAGCCGGAGCCGAUGAUAACCGAACACGACGACGAAGACCCGCCCAUCGCGCUCGCGUAACACUCGUCAGCUACACCACUCGUUCCAACCCGCUUGACUUGUCUCGCUCGCACAACUUCCUUUUUCUACUAGCAUGACAGUGACAGCAUGUGUUUUGUCAUUUGCGCGGUAAAAUUGUCGAUGGAAAUUGUAAGUUGAUUGAAUUGAAUAGUCGUAAUUUUGCGGGACUAUACUUUGAGAUAUGUCUCAUUCUUAAUUUGGUUGUAUUAUAUUUUGACGCUAUGUGUCAAAAGCUAACACGACCAAAUGAGAUGGUCAUCUGAAUCAGUUCCCAAUAAGAUGAAGUGCAGACUUUUUUAUUUAGUCAAGUUAUAGUUUUCAUAUCGACAGUAUUUAACGCUUAAAUUCACACGCAAGUCUCGUCGCAGUCGUGUUAGUUCGCCUUACGUAUAGGGACAAGAGAUUGGGUUCACUUUGUAAUACGAACUAUGUUAUUUGUACUGAAUAGUCAUAUUGGGAGUCCCAGAUUAUUUUUCACUAUCGUUUUAUAGGUAAAAAGUGUCAAAUUGACAUUGUCGCCAAAAAUAUCAUGAAGUACAUACGUCAUUUCAUCUAUUUAAUUAUUUUUUUUGUGUUGAAUUCGCCUUAGUUUUUGUUGGUUAAUGCAAUUGGCAUAAGACUUGUUUAUCUUAAGAUAUAACAUUAUGUAUAGAUGUUCACUAAAGCUAUGCUUUAAGCUAUUAUUGCUACGCAUAGUCGCUCCCGCCUGGCGUGUUGUACACUAAAUUGUAUCGUCAAUGUGGUCUGUAGGAGUUUUGUAACUGGUCUAAGAGCUACUUAAUGUUAAAUAUAACUUAAUGACUUUGUUUUAUUUAUAUUUAAGAGCACGGUUGUCUCCAUUGAUAUUGAAAAGCAAUAACUAAGAUAAUGUUGUCCACAAGUGAACCCUUGUUAUGUACGAAAUAUAGCAUUUAUAUUUACACAAGUAUAUAUGUAAUAGAACAGCAUUUUCAUUAAAUAAAUAGCAAAAUUUUGUUGAAAUGUGUUGAAGUUUAAUAGACGUUAGUCGCGGGAUUAGUAAUUCGUUAAUUUAUUGUAAAUUGGCAUUUGAAAUGCUGCUGUUGAUUGCUUGAGGCACUUUCUUUAAACUCAUCUCAGUAAAUACCUAGGUUCUCUAUACAAGACGUAUUGAAUUUGAUAAGACUAAUUAUACUAAACAAUGAUCGAAAAUAAAUUUGAUUAUACAUUUA